GUCAGUACGUGACGUCGCGGGACACCUGUUGCGUCCAGAACAAUGGUAGGAGUCAUGAAUGAAAAAGAAGUGGCUGUAGGAGAUCGUGUGCAGGUGGGAGAAGAUAGAGGAACCGUGCUUUACGUUGGCCCUGUUCCUCCUACAAAGGGCACUUGGCUGGGAAUCGACUGGGAUGAUCCUCUGAGAGGGAAGCACGAUGGAAUCUAUGAUGGAACUCGCUAUUUUCAAGCCAGGUAUGAAACCUCUGGCUCACUAGUAAGGCUUGAAAAAGUUCAACAUGGACAGAGUAUUAUUAAUGCGAUUCAAGAACGCUAUGGCGGUAGCGGACAAAUCAUGGACUCAAAAGAACUGGAGGAAAUUCAGCGAGCGAUAAAUGCACCUCUCUUUAUGAUGGUUGGAUUUGACAAAGUUAGUGAAAUGCAAAGUUCAUUUGAUACCCUGACAGUUGUUGGAUUGCGUGAGCAUAGGAUAAGUAAUGCUGGUGAUCCUGGACAACUGGAAAAGAUGUGUAGUAACAUUGUUGAACUGGAUCUUUCCAGAAAUCUUCUUAAGUCUUGGUUGAACAUCUAUGAUAUCUCAUCACAGCUUCCAAAGUUAAAGUUCCUUGAUGUGAGUGAAAAUAGACUGACUUAUAAGGACUGCAAUCCGAGUGAUUUAAAAGAUGGGUUUAGCAAUUUAGAAUUUUUGGUCUUGAGUAAAAUGGAGUAUUCUUGGGAAGACAUCUUGAAUUGUGCUGUUAUGUGGCCAAACAUUCAGAGGUUCCAGAUUUCGUUUAACAAAAUAACUUCCUUAUCAACACCACCUCCUGGCAUUCUCCACAAUUUGAAAAUAUUAAAUAUUGAAGGAAAUAAUAUCUUACAUUGGUCUGAAAUAGAAAAAUUGGGAACAUUACCAAGAUUGGAAAUUCUAAAUGCAUCCAAUACUGGUCUUACACAUAUUUCUCUACCGACUCCUAAUACAUUAUUUACUUCCUUAAAAUAUGUUCUGAUAUCAGGAAAUUUCAUAAAUAACUGGGAAAGUAUCAGUGAAUUAGAUAAACUUCCACAAUUGGAGGAGCUCCGUUUGAGGGACAAUCCUGUACUGGACGGAAUAUCGAGGGAGACUGUUAGGCAGAUCAUCAUAGCAAGGAUCGCCAAGCUCAAGCAUCUCAAUUCCCAAAUAAUUUCGGAUGAAGAAAGGAGAGGAGCUGAGAUAGAUUAUCUGAAACACAACGGAAGGAUGUGGUUGGAAACCGCUGUUGACCCUAAAGGACGGAGAGUAUUCAAUGCACAACAUCCAAGAUAUAAGGCUUUAGUCCAAAAAUAUGGUGAAAUGGAAGAGAGCGAGUUGACGAAUGAGAAAGUAGCUCUCAAAGCUAAUUUAGUUAGAAUUAGGAUCGAGAGUAAGGAUAAUGUUGCCAUAGAGAAACAGUUACCUUUAGAAAUGUCUUUACGCGCCUUCGUCUUCUUGGCACAGAGGCUUUUUCACACUGGCUCCGCUAAGCUCUUGCUUACAUUAGUUAGUUCCAAGAACCCAUUGCUCAAGAUACAACUUGACAACAUGAUGAAGACUUUGAGCUAUUACUGCGUCGAAGAUGGUGAUAUUGUGAAAGUUGAAUGGUGAUUGAGUGUUAUUAGUCUGUAAGAAUUAAGAGUCACUGUGACUGUUGCGAAGCUUGUUUUCAUUGUCGAACCUGUAUCAUAUGAUGUAUAGAGAAAUAUAUUUUUCAUAGAUGGCUAGCUUUAUUUAUUUAAGCUAUAUGAAAUAAAUUUUUUAUUGAUUACCAUUAAGUUUUAAGUUUUUUAUAAUAUAUUUUUUUAAUAUCUAACCAAUGAAUAAUACAUUUAAAAUAUUAAUAGUUAAUUUUUGCAAUAAAACCAUUUAAAUCCAUUUUAUUUUUAAAGGUUUUUUUCAAACCAGAACUGCUAAUAAUAAACAUUUUUUUAAAUUUAUUUAAUAAAUAU